GCCCCGUUUCGGAUGACUUGAUUGCAAACCACCAACGUACGGGAUACAAUCGGCCCAAUGACCAAUGAAACCAAGCCGAUUACUAAAGAUGGGAACUCCUCCGCCAUGGAUGAUUCCUACAGCACUACCACAGAAAAUGACGAUGAUAACAUUAUGUUACAGGCUCACGAAUCACAUGUUAUCGGUGAAAAUCUCAGCGAUUCAUACGCUUUGAUGAACUUCAUCAAAGGGAAUAUUGGAACGGGAAUGCUUUCAAUGCCAGUCGUAUUGCGAUAUGCUGGUUUGUGGACGGGUUUCUUUCUCAUUAUUUUAUCUGGUGCUUUAGCCACCUACCUGAUGGCCGUACUUGUUCGCGUAUCUCGUUCCGUUCGUGAUAAAAACCAUUUGGAUCAUUCAAAAAUGGAUUACACAGAGACAGUGUUUAGUGUUUUCAAAUAUGGGCCAACUUGUCUGAGAAAACCAAAGGGGAAAAUUAAACACACAGUGAACGUUUUUCUAAUAAUCACGCAAACGGGAUUCUGUUGUGUCUAUAUCUUGUUCCUCACGGAGAAUAUUCGAUAUUUUUUAUACGGAUUCUUUCCACACUUACCGCUCAACUUUUAUGUGGUCGCUGUACUGACAUCUUUGUGCUUCGUGCCGAUGUGUUUGUUCAGCAAUAUGCGUAUCCUUUCACGUCUCGCGACGCUGGCCAAUUUUGCCACACUGCUUGGCUCGCUCCUCAUCUUCAUCUAUCUAUUCUCUACUGGAUUGAAGCCUUUGGACACCUUGCCGGCGAUCACGGAGCUUCGUGGGAUAUUGAUAGCCUUCGGCAUUGUUAUGUUCUCUUUCGAGGGAAUCAGCUUGGUGUUGCCAAUCGAAAGCAAAAUGGCCAACCCUUCCAAUUUCACUCAUCCCUUCGGUGUGCUCAAUGUGGGUAUGACAGUUGUGGUGUGCUUGAACGUCGCUUUUGGAUUUUUCGGAUUCCUUAGGUUCGGUGAAGAUGCCCAGGGAACAAUUACUUUAAACAUUCCAGAGGACCCCUAUUGGUUCAGUCCGGUCAAACCGCUAUUCGUCUUGGCUAUCGUGGUCAGCUAUCUGUUGCAGUUCUACAUUCCCGCAGCCAUUUUCACUCGGCUAAUGGAAAAGCUUAAGUGUCAUCGGGACGCCUCCGACAGACGAAGAUACAUUCACGAGAAGUUGAUGCGUGUGGCGCUGGUACUUUUGUCCUGUUUGGCCGUUAUUACAAUACCAAAGUUGGAGUUGAUGAUCUCCUUGAUCGGCGCAUUCGCCAGUUCUGUGUUGGCCCUUAUUCUGCCUCCCGUGUUGGAGAUAGUUCACUUGUGGGAGCAGCGCGCUCAAAUUCCGGGCUUUUGGUUUCGUGUGUUUGCAAAGCACGUGAUCAUCAUCGCGAUUGGUUUGGGCGCUUUUCUCGGCGGAACAGUGGCCACUUUGUUUCAAUUGAUAGAUUCAUUCUACUCUCCGAACCCUCCGGAAUAAACCUGUAGUUGCUCUGGUUGAUCUCCAUGCCCCACGAUGAAAUUCUAGUCGGUGUGACGUCAUUGAACGUUCGAUUAUUUUUCAGUUUAUUUCUAAUUGGGUUCUCUUUUCACUUAUCAUCUGAUUACUUACUGAGUGGUCCCGGAUCAUCACUUUGACGCGACAUUGAUGAUGCUUUUUGCCACUUCUUAUUGUGCCUUCUUUUUGUACAUGCAGUUAUAUUUCUUUGUGAGUGCCAGUUUUGUCUGCCUUGUGCUAACCGUUUAAUUUCAUGACACCGCUUUAGUUUAUCUCACUUUGAUGAUCGGUGGUGAUGCCUUUAACAUGCUCUUUUGGCAACUUCUUC